CAGCGUUGAGGCCGCUAAGGCGGGGCUUGGGACCGGUCGGCUCCGUGGGCCGCUGGUUCUGGUCGGGAAUAAAACAGUGCCAGCUGAGGCGGAAACUGGGCUUCAGUCGGCGGCCCCGGCACGGAAAGGGAAGAACCCCAAGAGGCUUUGUUUUCUGUGAAAAGGUAUUUCUAUACUGUUGCUCCAAUGACGGAGAUACCCGCACCCUUGUCCUACUUCCAGAAUGCGCAGAUGUCUGAGGACAGUCACCCCGGCAGUACCGUGCGUAGCCAGAGUGAACGGCAAGAGCAUAAUGACCGGCGGAGACUUGACAACUCUGAGUCAGUAUCUAAUGGCCGACCCCAGGGUAAUUCACGGCAGGUGGUGGAACAGGAUGAGGAAGAAGAUGAGGAGCUGACACUGAAAUAUGGAGCCAAGCAUGUCAUCAUGCUCUUUGUCCCCGUCACCCUGUGCAUGGUCGUAGUCGUGGCUACCAUCAAGUCAGUCAGCUUCUAUACCCGAAAAGAUGGGCAGCUAAUCUAUACCCCAUUCACAGAAGACACUGAAACUGUGGGCCAGAGAGCCCUGCACUCAAUUCUGAAUGCUGCCAUCAUGAUCAGUGUCAUCGUUGUCAUGACUAUCCUCUUGGUGGUUCUUUAUAAAUACAGGUGCUAUAAGGUUAUCCAUGCCUGGCUUAUUGUUUCAUCUCUGUUGUUGCUGUUCUUUUUUUCAUUCAUUUACUUGGGGGAAGUGUUUAAGACCUACAAUGUUGCUGUGGACUACAUUACGGUUGCGAUCCUGAUCUGGAAUUUUGGUGUGGUGGGAAUGAUUGCAAUUCACUGGAAAGGCCCACUCCGACUGCAGCAGGCGUAUCUUAUUAUGAUCAGUGCCCUCAUGGCCCUGGUAUUUAUCAAGUACCUCCCUGAGUGGACCGCAUGGCUCAUCUUGGCUGUGAUUUCAGUAUAUGAUUUAGUAGCCGUUUUGUGCCCUAAAGGUCCACUUCGUAUGCUAGUUGAAACAGCCCAAGAAAGAAACGAAACUCUCUUUCCAGCUCUUAUUUACUCCUCAACAAUGGUGUGGUUGGUGAAUAUGGCUGAAGGCGACCCAGAAGCCCAAAGAAGAGUUCCCCAAAACCCCAAGUACAAUGCACAAAGAGCAGAAAGGGAGACACAGAGCACUACUACUGGAAGCGAUGAUGGUGGCUUCAGUGAGGAAUGGGAAGCCCAGAGGGACAGUCAUCUGGGGCCUCAUCGCUCCACCCCUGAGUCACGAGCUGCUGUCCAGGAACUUUCCAGCAGUAUCUUAACUAGUGAAGACCCAGAGGAAAGGGGAGUAAAACUUGGAUUGGGAGAUUUCAUUUUCUACAGUGUUCUGGUUGGUAAAGCCUCAGCAACUGCCAGUGGAGACUGGAACACAACCAUAGCUUGUUUCGUAGCCAUAUUAAUUGGUCUGUGCCUUACAUUACUACUCCUCGCCAUUUUCAAGAAAGCAUUGCCAGCACUUCCCAUCUCCAUCACCUUUGGGCUCAUUUUCUACUUUGCCACAGAUUAUCUCGUGCAGCCCUUUAUGGACCAACUAGCAUUCCAUCAGUUUUAUAUCUAGCAUAUUUGCAAUUAGAAUCCCGUGGAUAUUUCUUCUCUGACUAUAAUAAAAUCUGGGCAGGACAAAGGUGAUUUUCCUGUGUCCUCGUCUAACAAAGUCAAGAUUCCCAGUUGAACUUUUUCACCCUCCUUCUGAGUUUUCCCGACCACCUGUACUAUUGGAUACUGGAAGGAGUUAUCUAUAGAAAACGGUUUUGAAAAUUCAUCAUCAUGGUGAACAGUGUCCCUCUGCAGAAACUACCAGAUUUGAGGGAUAAGGACAAGGAAACAUGAUAGACCAAGAAGCUGCUCUGCUCCUCCAGCAAUGUGAUGCUUGGGCACGGGAGAUUUCACCAACACUGGGAACGCUCAGGACUAUUACCAGGAGGUGAAAUGAAGUGAUGUAAAUCAAACAGAACUCUCAUCUUAACACAUGUUGGAAAUAAACAUGUACUGAUGGAACAUGCACCUUUUCAGAAGAUUCUGUGAGGAGAGUGGGCACUGGCAGCAGGCGGCACCGCACAAGGGCUCAAGCUUUCACCUGGACUUUGUCUCUGCCGACUUUUAAUUUUUACAUAAUACUCCCUGUCCCCUUUGAAUCACAUCAGAUGUGUGGUUGGCUUUGACCAUUUUUGUUCUCAAGCACUGACACUCAUUGUUAUGAUCUGUGGUUGCCAUUUCUUCCCAAGGACAGACUGAACUUACUUGGGGUUGCUUUAUCCUAACAGUCUUAACCUCAGGCCCCAAAUUUAGUAAUUUCUGGAAAUAAUGGAACUAUUGCUUAACCAUCCCUUAAUCCGUAAGUAAAUUCUAGAUUUUGCACCAAAUUUCUGAUUUUUGGACCUACUUCAGGCUCACUUUUGCCCCAGAUGCCUGUUUGUCUGUCUUCCCUUCAUGUCCAUAGCAGUUCUCUUUGACAACAAAUGAGGCAGCUCUGUCAUGGUAGCAAGUGACCUAUUAAUGCAGGGCUUUCCUCUCCAUGUGAUACAAAUGAUGUGUUGUGAGUCCAUGCUGUCAGCUUUGCCGUUCUAACUCCUUCAAUGGCAAAUAGGAUGUGUGCCCAAAGAAUUAAGAGUAAAGUGGCUGGUUGAAGCA